AUGGCUGGUAUCGCUACCUACAACAUUGCUGGCCGACAAGUCGGCGGCCACUACCUGGCCAUGGGCAUCCUCGGUACCCUCUUCGGCGGUGUCUACUAUGCUACCUCUGGUCCCAAGAAGAGUGCCGCCGCCGCUACUCCUCCGAUCAAUGCCUCCAGCUCCGAUGAGGCCGAUUUCAUCAAGAAAUUUAUGGAGGAACAGGAGAAGAAGCAGUAA